CCCUCUACGAGUCAUGAUAAUGAAAAAAAAAAUUAUAUAGAAUUUCUUGCCUCGCCACUUGUCGAGUCUCUCGCUCCCUGCGUUCUUGCUUCAUAUGCCUCACUAUCUCCCAAUUCAUUCGCCACCGCGCCUCACUCUUGGGGCACGCCCCCGCGGUCUCUCCUACUAUCUCACCCUCGAGUUUCACCGUCGAUUUUGGCUCCUUGGGUGAUGCGUCGUAUAAUAUACUUGCAUUUCAACAGCCCUACGUUUUCUCUCGGCUGUAAUUAUGCAGAUCCAUGCCAGCCUGACCACCUUCGCUUCCAAGGGUGCAACGAAAACACCCCUUCUGCUAUUCUUAAUCGUAUGGAGCAGAGAUAUGAUUGUACCACCAUAAAGCACGACCAACCACAGAGUUGAAGUACAACCGGCUGAUAAACUUUACAGUCACACCGCAACUCUGGCAAUUGGUCGCAUCAUUCGUCGGGCUUGGUCUUUGUCCAUUGAAUCGUGUGUCUAGAGGAAAUAAAAGAAUAUACCCAUUGUAGUGUAGGUAGUAGUUAUGGUGUAAACCACUCCGAACACAUUGACGGGUCUGUUUCCAUUGAGCGACUGGAGGAAACUCAAGGGCAGGGAUUAAAUAAAUACUGACUAAACACA